AAUAAAUAUAGAAAAAAGAAUAAACAAAGCAUACAUGGCCUACUAUACUUGUAAGAAAAUCGUCAACAAGAAUUGGGGCCUCAAACCAAGUAUAAUCAUGGGGAUGUACACGGCGGUCAUAAGACCCAUACUCACAUAUGGAGCUCUGGUAUGGUGGCCAGCGCUGAACAAGCAGUACAACAUUAGAAAAUUAAAUGGAAUAAAAAGAGCAGCAUGUGCGGGUGUUACGGGCGCAAUUAGGUCAUGAACGACUGAUGCGCUCAAUGUGAUCCUGCAUCAACUACCAAUGGACAUUUUUAUUCACAAAACAGCAGCUAUUGCGGCGUUAAGAAUAAAAGAAUUGGGAGGUUGGAAUCAGCAUAACUACGGACAUAGUGUAAUCCUAAACAAGCACACUAUUAAUAAAUCAGACUACAUUCUCCCAAAGCUGGAUUUCAAUAGACACUUCCAGGUGAGGAUACCAUCUAGACGAGAAUGGAGAAGAGGCUCAAUUGCAGAGGAGGGUGCCACCUCAGUCUAUACCGACGGGUCCAAAAUGGACUGCGGAGUGGGCACGGGGGUAUUCUCCGCUGAUCUGGGCAUAUCUCUCUCUAUACGUCUACCGAACUCGGCUAGCAUCUUCCAAGCAGAAGUACUAGGCAUAGAAAAAGCCUGCGAAGUUCUAUUAGAAAAUCACGGGAAUAUACAUAAAGCAAAUAUAUUUACGGAUAGCCAGGCGGCCCUCCUGGCAUUGUCUUCACCCAUGACAAAUUCGAGUAUAGUUCACAACUGCAAGAGAGCACUAAGCUCAAUAAAAGACAAGCUCCAGCUAAACUUGAUCUGGGUUCCCGGCCACAGGAACAUUUUCGGUAACGAAAAAGCAGAUGAGUUGGCAAAGGUAGGAGCUUUCCUCAAUGAAUCCGAGGCGGAGCUCAUACCGAGCCCGCUAGGAUCGAUCAAAGGAGAGAUCAAUAAACAAUUUCAACAAAUUGCUAACAACAGGUGGAAAAACAGUACUAAAUGCGUCAUAACUAAACAAUUAUGGCUAACAUACGACAGGAAAAGAACCAACGACCUAUUAAAUAGGUCAAGAAAAAGUAUUUACAGAAUAACAGCUACCACAACAGAGCACUGGCCAUUUGGGGAACAUGCAUCCAAAAUGGGUAUGCCCUACAACGACAUCUGCCGUAGCUGCGGAGUAGCAGGGAACAAGGAAACAAUCUUCCACUUUCUCUGCGAAUGCCCAGCUCUGGCACAGAUCCGACACAAAACACUCGGGAUCCACCAAGCACCAAACCUUGAAUGGAUUUCCACCAAAAGCAUAUCGGACAUAAGUAGUUUAAUCGAAACCUCAAAAUGGUUUGAGAGAGAGGGUGGAACGUAACAGCAGAUACAGGAGGUUCUACGAAUAGUGUAUCAAAAUGGCACAUCAGUGCUAAUUGAGCCCGAUAGGGCUGCACUCCUACCUACCUACCUACCUACCUACCUAGGUUGAGGCUGAUCUACUUCGCCGGGGCCCGAAAUAUGGUUAUCUAUAGUUUUAGGAUUCCAGCAUAGAAAAAUUCACCAAACUACCUGUCUGUCUCCCGAUCGAAAAGCACCAACCACAUCCCUCAUGUUGUAAUAGACGGAAGACACGUCUCCAGUGUUUUAUUUCUUAACUAAAAAAAAACAUUUCAAAUUCAAAUUACAUAUGCGUGAGUACGAACAGCUUGACAAGCUGGCCGACAGGGGUAAUGCUCAAAAAUUCUACGAAAAAAUGCGGCGACUUACAGAAGGUUUCAAGACCGGAGCAUACUCCUGUAGAACCCCCAAGGGAACACUUCUCCAGCCUGCUGAAUGGCGGUGUACGCACAACACCAGGAGAAGGCGAACCCGAUACCCCAAUCGAUGACGAUGCAGCAGGCGUUCCAUUGCCCGACCAUGAAGAAGUUCGAAUAGCAAUCACCCGACUGAAAAACAACGAGGUUUCAGACAAGGCGACUCCCUAUCGUGCGAUUUCUUCAAUCUGCUGCUGGAGAAAAUAGUUCGAGCUGCAGAACUGAAUCGAGCAGGUACAAUCUUUUAUAAGAGUGUACAGCUGCUGGCGUAUGCCGAUGAUAUUGAUAUCAUCGGUCUCAACACCCGCGCCGUUAGUUCUGCUUUCUCCAGACUGAACAAGGAAGCAACGCAAAUGUCAUCAAACAAACAGUCGUCGCACUCGCGACUUGGCACUCACGUCACUGUUGACAAAACCAAACUCUAUAAGUCGCUCAUAAUUCCCGUCCUGCUAUAUGGUGCAGAGGCUUGGACGAUGACAACAACCGAUGAGUCGACGUAGCGAGUUUUCGAGAGAAAAGUUCUGCGAAAGAUUUAUGGUCCUUUGCGCGUUGGCCACGGCGAAUACCGCAUUCGAUGGAACGAUGAGCUGUACGAGAUAUACGACGACAUCGACAUAGUUCAGCGAAUUAAAAGACAGCGGCUACGCUGGCUAGGUCAUGUUUUCCGGAUGGAUGAAAACACUCCAGCUCUGAAAGUAUUCGACCCGCCGCGGGAAGCAGAGGAAGAGGAAGACAUCCACACCGUUGGAAGGACCAAGUGGAGAAGGACCUGGCCUCGCUUGGAAUAUCCAAUUGGCGCCACGUAGCGAAGAGAAGAAACGACUGCCUUGCUGUUGUUGACUCGGCUAUAAUCGCGUAAGCGGUGUCUACGCCAGUAAAGAAGAAGAAGAAGACUUAUAUUGUAUCUGGCAACUUUUCUCGUGUACAGCUGUGCUUUCGUGCUCUUAGAAACUUAGAAAUUUGUUCAAUUUAUAAAAUAUUUAAAACUUUGUGAAAAUUAUCCGAAUUGUGUGAUCCGUUAAGAUAAGUAUCACUGUAAUAUUGUUCUUUUAAAGUAAUUGAAAUUUACUUUAAUUGUGUGUUGGCUAAAUUUAAUUUAUUCCACCGAGUCAUUUUCAAUUGGUUUUUGUGCUACAUUUUAAAUAGUGCAAUUGUUAGUGUUAAUUUAUAUUGCUUACUUAAAUUUCUUUCUUGUUUUUAUACGUUUCCAUCUUUGUCCACAGCUGUUCGCGAGUUUCUUACUUUUCGUGUGUUACAGUGCAUCUCAAACUGGUUGUUAUCUUUGAUAACCAACUAUUUUUAUUGCUCUCAUUUGUUACAAAUAUUUUUGUCAUUGCUCUUUUACUUUUAUUAUUUAACAUCUAUAUAUGUAAAUAAAAAUGAAUCGCCAAAAUGUAUGUACGCUCAUAACUUUCAUACGACUGAACCAAAUUUGAUUAUUCUUUUUUUCAAAUCUUCGUUGAUGCUGGAACAUGAUAAUCGCUAGAAUCAAAUGAUGGACGAUGUGAUGGCUACUUCGCAUGCCACUAAAGUUCGCAUACUUUUCGCGAUGAUCGAUUCAACAUUUCAGCCUUCAAAUCUGCGUAAUGAACAAAAAUUACAUACAUUGACGAAGACAUUUUACAUCGUAUUCGCUAAGAAUUGGAAAUGGAUUAACUCCGGUUGAUACUUUCGGUGGUUUGAUAUCAAUUCCAUCUGCCGCUUAUCGAUUCAGGAAAGAUGAACUCAUCAGGAAUGAUUAUCCGAACAUUGACCAAAUUAUCGUAACUUUGAUUCUUUGAGUGCACGUGCAAUGAUAGCUGCCAAAAAUACCGAUAAUGUUGACUUAAACUGGAAGAUUCAAAGUCAAAUUCCGGGAGACUUGCGCUCAUACAAAUCGAUCGAUCGUCUUGACAAUGAAGACGACGCCGUGAAUUAUCCAGUGGAAUUUCUAAAUUUUUUGGAGAGGCUUGGUAUGCCGCCGCAUUAUUUGCGUCUCAAAGUUGGAUCUGUCGGUAUUAUGUUUCGCAAUCUGCAAGCGCCGAAACUGUGUAAUGGAACCCGACUGAUUGUGACGCACCUAUCGAAUACAUGGGGGCAGAAUGAUUGAUUCUACGAAUUCCUUUGAGUUCUAUCGAUUUCCAUUUCAGUUCAAACGGAUUCCGUUUCCAGUAAAAAUUGCAUUUGAGAUAACAAUCAUCAGGAUAAAAGGAUAGUCACUAGAAAUUUGUGGCAUAAAUUUGGAAGUGCUAUGUUUUUCGCACGGCCAAAAAUACGUGUCGUACUCACGAUAUGGAAAACUAUCUUCUCUGUACAUUUACGCAUCGGAACAGAAACCAAAAAAUGUUGUUUAUCAAGCUGCGUUACAUUGAAAUAAUUUAGAAAAAUCGCAGUAAGUAAGUAAAUGAUUAUCAAUACAGUAUGUAUUUUUGUCUUUUCAAAUCACAUAAUUUCAAGCAGGACAACGGCUAGCUAGUUUUUUAUAUUUUUAUUUAAUAUUGUUUUUGGUUCAUUAUGACUUGUAACUUUCCGAAAUGCUCUGUGAAAGGCGAGUCGGAACGCUUUGUUUCUUGCUGGCUUUGUGAUGGGCUUGCCCAUCUUA